AUGCGCUUUUCUUCUCGUGCAGCCAUCGCAGCUUGGCUGCUUCAGCUGCUCUCCGCGCUGCCGACCGCCUCGAGUCUCCGGACCUGGCAGCCGAUCCGAGAGCUGCAAAAACAAAUCCGGGAGGAUGGGCCUGGCGAGCCGUCUCUCGCGACACGCGACCUACCUGCGUACCCCGUCUACAACCUCUCGGUCCCCGUCGACCACUUCCACAACGACUCCCGCUACGCGCCGCACGUCAACGACACGUUCCCGCUGCGGUACUGGUUCGAUGCCUCUGCCUACCAGCCGGGCGGACCCGUCAUCGUGCUGGCUGCCGGCGAGACCAACGGGGCCAAUCGCCUGCCCUUCCUCCAAAAGGGCAUUGCUGCCCGUCUCGCACAAGCCACCCACGGGCUGGCCGUCGUGCUCGAGCACCGGUACUAUGGCGAGAGCGUCCCGUACGGCAACCUGUCCACCGCCGCCCUCCGCUUCCUGCACACCGACCAGGCCAUGGCCGACACGGCGUACUUUGCGACCCACGUCGUGUUUCCUGGGCUCGAGGAUGAGGAUCUGAUGCCGCAUGUGGGCGCGCCGUGGAUCGUGUACGGCGGGUCGUACGCCGGCGUCUUUGCGGCCUUUUUGCGGGUGCUGUACCCGGACGUGUUCUGGGGCGCGAUUUCGUCGUCGGGCGUGACCGUGGCCAUCCACGACUACUGGCAGUACUACGAGGCACAGCGGCUGUUUGGGCCGCAGGAGUGUGUACAGCGGACGCAGAAGCUGCUGCACGUGGCCGACCAGAUCUUGUUGGCGGGGCGGCAGGCCCUCGACAACGAGGGCGAUGGCCGUGGCGGUGGCCACGGCGAUGGCGACGACAGUCACGACGACAUCUACGAGGAGCAGCCAGUGGGCCAGGUGCCACUGGCCGGCGCUCUCGGCGACACCCCGGCCGACCUUGUCGCCAAACUCAAGGGCGUUUUUGGCCUCAGGAACAUGACGUACGACGACGACUUUGCCUCGGUCCUGAGCGACGCCCUCGGCGGCUGGCAGGAUACAAACUGGGACCCGGCCGAGAACAAUCCGAACUUUGGCUGGUACUGUACCAACGUCACGGCCGACGAGCUGCUGUACCCGGACGUGGCCGACCGCCGCGGUGCCGUGCGCGACCUGAUCCAAGCAACAAGCUAUGGCGCUGCGUUCGACGCCCUCGAGCUGCCGUUCCUCAACUUUAUCGGUUGGGUGCAUGCGACACACCCGUGCAAUGCCACCGAGCGCACGCAGGACCAGUGCUUCACGAACCGUAACAGCACAUUCUUCCGGCAGGACGACAGCACGCAGCGCUGGCGGGCCUGGACGUACCAGUACUGCACGCAGUGGGGCUACCUGGCCACCGGGUCCGGCGUGCCGUCGGACCAGCUGCCGCUCAUCAGCCGGCUCCUCGAUCUCGACUACCUGUCCAUCAUCUGCCGCGACGCCUUUGGCAUUGACGCGCCGCCGGACGUCGAGUCGGUCAACAAGCUCGGCGGGUACGACAUCCGCUUCCCGCGGCUGGCCAUUGUGGACGGCGAGGCCGAUCCGUGGCGUGCGGCGACACCGCACGCGCUCGGGGUGCCGGACCGCGUGUCGUCGACCGAGGAGCCGUUCCUGCUCAUUCCGGGCGCGGUGCACCACUGGGACGAGUACGGCCUCUUUGACAACGAGACGACGGCCGACCUGCCGCCGAAGACAGUCCGGGACGUGCAGGCAGACGAGGUGGACUUUGUCACGCAGUGGGUAGCGGACUGGCAGGGACAGAAUCCGGGCGACGACGGGGGGGUGUAA